AUGAGUACAACAUUUACCCCUGAAACUACCCCUGCUCCAGAAAAAUUGACACAUUCCAGAUCUGCUGUCCCAAUAAAUUUAACACAUGAUGUUGAGAGAGUUGCCGACACGUUGGCUAUUGCUUUUAAAGAUUCUGCUUCCAAUGAGUAUUUAAUGAAAAAGUUUUUCAAUGUACCUAUUGAUGAAUAUGUUUCUCCAAUUAGAAUGAAGACUAUGAUACAAUAUUUUACUGCAUUCUAUGAUGACAAAGGCGCUGAUAUCGUUGAGGCCAACGAUUUCCAUGCUGUGGCUAUUUACACCAGACCAAAUGAGCCUAUUAGCCAAUGGUUAACCAAUGAUGACAAGUUCAACAAGGAAUUGUUUUUUGACUUAGAUCACAAAAAACAUGAGAUAUUUCCAGAAGGACACAAAUAUUACUAUCUAUUUAUUAUCGGUAAGGAUUUAUCCAAGCCGGAGAUCAGAGGUUCUGUCAGGAAAAUUUUUGAAACCUACAAAGAAAAGGCUGAUGCAGAAAAUGCUUCUGUUGUUUUGGAAGCUAUCUCUGAAAAAGCUAAAGCCGUUUACGAGUACUUUGGUUUCAAAACAUAUUUGAACUUUAAUUAUGGUAAAAAUGAGGUUGACAAGAAUGGAAAACCUGAUCCUAACGGGGAAGGAUUUGAUGCCUAUUUAAUGUUUUAUAACAAAAAUACUUUCCCAGGAUAUGUCUAA